GGUUUCUUUCAUCCCUGGCUUUUUUUUUCUCUUUAUUCUUUCCAAUUCUUCAUUGCCUUUUAUUAUUCUACCCGCCCAAAAUACUCCGGCCGAAUUCAGGCUGGCUAUUCGACAUGCUCGCCGACGUUGGGUCUCCACCUCCCUACAAUGAUGAAUCGUCUGCGUCUCCCUAUACGAAGUCCCCAUGGUCCCAUCAUGGCCACACCAACUCCGCUCCCGAGAACGAUAUUUACAGUACUCCUUGUAACGUCCUUAUGGGGUCGCUGGUACGUGAAGAGGGGCACAUAUAUUCCCUGGCAACUUACGGUGACUUGUUAUACACGGGUUCCGAUAGUAAGAACAUCCGGGUCUGGAAAAAUCAGAAGGAGUUCUCGGGAUUUAAAUCGCACAGUGGAUUGGUGAAGGCAAUAGUCAUCGCCGGAGAAAAGAUCUUUUCGGGCCAUCAGGACGGGAAGGUCCGAGUGUGGAAGGUUUCUGGGAAAAACCCGAGUGUUCACAAGCGGGUCGGGACUCUACCGUCUUUGAAAGAUCUUCUCAAAAGCUCCAUUAAACCGAGCAAUUACAUUGAGGUGCGGCGGCACCGGAGCGUGCUCUGGCUUAAGCAUUUCGACGCAAUUUCGAGUCUUAGUUUGAAUGAAGACAAAACUCUGCUUUACUCUGCUUCGUGGGAUAAAACGUUCAAAGUCUGGAGAGUAUCGGAUUUGAAAUGUUUAGAAUCCGUCAAUGCCCACGAGGACGCUGUUAACUCCAUCGUCUCCGGAUUUGAUGGCUUGGUUUUUACAGGUUCGGCCGACGGCACGGUGAAGGUCUGGAGGAUGGAAUUACAGGGGAAGGGAACCAAGCAUUUCUUUUCGCAGACACUUUUAAAGCAAGAAUGCGCGGUGACCGCAUUGGCGAUGAACCCUGAUGCCAAAAUCAUUUAUUGCGGUUCCUCCGACGGGCGGGUAAAUUUCAGGGAACGGGAAAAACAUCUCUCACACGGCGGCGUCUUGAGAGGUCAUAAGUUGGCGAUUCUGUGCUUGGUAACGGCCGGAAAUCUUGUGUUCAGUGGAUCAGCAGAUAUGGCAAUAUGCGUGUGGAGAAGAUCAGGGAGCGAACAUUUGUGUCUCUCAGAAUUAACAGGGCAUACAGGGCCUGUUAAAUGCUUAGCAGUGGAGGAAGACAAAGAAGCAAUCUCUGGGGAAAGCCGGUGGAUCCUGUACAGUGGUAGUCUAGACAAGUCGGUGAAGAUGUGGCGGGUAUCGGAACAGGCACCGCCGAUGAAGCAAAGCGACCAGUGCCAGCAUUACAUGAAAGAUUGUGGUUGUGAACCGAAAACGUUGCAAUCACCUCCUAGUUUCACUUCUCUAAUCAUAGCACAAAACCAGAACGAGCUACAAUAAAGGUAAUUGCUUCUACAUGCAACUAAUUUGAUCAAGGGAUUUCAUUUCAUCUAUUGCGUUUCAAUGUUAAUUUAUGUCUCGCCUCUCCGUUUCUGAAUCUCUAGGGUGAUUUUUGGUUACGGGACUCGGCCAUUCGGGGGUGAAAACAUGACA